AUGUUUAGGAAUUUUGGUAUUUUUCACCAUGCUAGUAAGAAUAUACAAAGAAAGUUAGUUUUAACAGGAAUAGGAGGAGCUAUCCUUACAGAAAUUAUAUUAAAUAAUAAUAAAGGUUUCCCGGUAAUUUAUGCAGAGGAGACCUCUGCUAAAAAGUCACCUACAAGGUUAGAAGAAGGAAUUAAACAAGCCCGAAUUCACGUCGCGAAAGCUGCUUGUGAUUUUGAACGACAAUUUCAUGGAGUGAUCAAUAAAUGGAUCACCAUUGAACAAAAUACUGAAAAAACCAUUAAGGAGGUAAUCGCACCAAAUGAGCGAUUAAUGCCAGAAGCAUUAUACGUAACAAUAGCAGGGUUAGCAGGCACAAUCAUAGCAAGAAAUCGUAACAUUUUACUUCGAAUUGCAACUCCAAUAGUUUUUACCAUUGCUUCAUCAUAUUACUUUUUACCACAAACGUCGCAAAACAUUUCAAAAAAAUUUCAAGAAAACCAACAAAAAUAUCCACAAUUAUUAAAAGUUCAUCGUUCUAUCUCUGAUAUAGCUAGUGAUGCUAAACAAAAAGUUGAUACAUCUAUUUCCGAUUUAAAAAAUAUUGUAGGGGGUGAUGAUAACGAUAAAUCCAAAUAA